GCAGUAGGAGGAGCACGGCGGCCGAGAAGCGCGUGUUACCAGCAGGCAGCGGCGUAUCGCCUCACACCGAGCACAGGCCUGAGCUCCAGCCCGAGUGAAGAUGGCGGGCCUCGAGUCGGAGAACCUGUGGUCGCAGAGCAACAACAGCGUGCUGCCGGAGGACAUGAAGUUCAACGACGGCCACGUCGUCUCCAUCGCGACCUACAGCGUGCUGAUGGUGGUGUCGGCAGCGGGCAACCUCACCGUGCUCUUCAUCAUCCUGCGCCGGCGUGCGCGCUCCAGGGUCAACCACAUGCUGAUGCACCUCGCCAUCGCCGACCUACUGGUGACGUUCCUGAUGAUGCCGCUGGAGAUCGGCUGGUCGUCGACGGUGAGCUGGCGCGCGGGCGACGCGCUGUGCCGCGUGAUGGCCUUCUUCCGCGUCUUCGGCCUCUUCCUCUCCAGCUUCGUCCUCAUCUGCAUCAGCAUCGACAGGUACUUCGCGGUGCUGAAGCCGAUGAAGCUGAGCGACGUGGCGCGCCGCGGCCGCUACCUGCUGGCCGCCGCCUGGAUCAUGUCGGUGCUCUGCAGCACGCCGCAGAUGUUCGUGUUCCACGUGGAGUCGCACCCGAACGUGACGUGGUACCGCCAGUGCGUGUCGUACAACUCCUUCCCCAGCAAGCUGUCCGAGUACUCGUACCUGGGCUUCGGCAUGCUCAUGAUGUACGGCUUGCCACUCGCCGUCAUCAUCUUCUCCUACACGUCCAUCCUGGGCGAGAUCUACCGGCGCUCCCGCGAGUUCAGCGACGCAGACAGGUUCCGGCGCUCGAGUCUGGGGUUCCUGGGUCGAGCUCGCAUCAGGACCCUCAAGAUGACCAUCAUCAUCGUGGUGGUCUUUUUCAUCUGCUGGACUCCAUACUACAUCAUGUGCUUAUGGUGGUGGUUUGACAAAGACUCUGCAAUGAAGAUAGAUUUCCGCCUGCAGAAGGGAUUGUUCAUUUUCGCCAGCACCAAUUCGUGCAUGAACCCCAUUGUGUACGGAGUAUUCAACAUCCGAGCCCGACCAGACAGGGGGCAGGUGAGAAACCAUAACACGCUCUCCUCAACAGGUAAGCAAUACAGAAGAAAGCGGCCAGGCCCUUUAUUCAUAGUACACUCUGUGCACUUCUAUGGAGAGUCAGCGGAAGGCAGUCCUACCUGUCACACACGACACAGUACGAAUCCAAGACAGGCAGAAAACAGCAUACACACCUUGCCUGAAAGGGAAACAGCAACAAGUCACGUCUCACAGUGGUCGCGGCGUGAAAGUGAUUUGUCUAGUCAGCUGGAAGAGACCCCCCAAGGUUCCCCCAAGAGCGGCCGAUCGUCCUUACGUGUGUUCAAGCUGCGGGGCGACAGACAGAACAACGGAGGCAAGGUGACUCCCGCCUGAUGCUGCAAACUAGCACAAUGUGUACCUUUGAGGCAAGCUGUCAAUAGGCAAAAUACCCUUCAAGUGUUGUACUGUGACAGUGAAAACUCCAUCACAGUGACACAUUCCUGUACAGUGUACAUUUAGUGUAAUAUCUUGUAUGUGUUGCUCCUGUAAUGAGGCCCAUGUCUUUGAAACAAAUGACCUGAGAUUGUUUUGUCACAAGUUCUUAUUAUGCACUGUGAUUUAUAAUGUCAACCAUCGUUGAUGUGCAAGACACACCACACGUAACCACUAAAAAUAUUAUCAUCGCCUACUGAAGGUAAUUUGUAAGAGAUAAAUAAGCAAACUGUAUUACUUGACGUUCACAAGGGUGUAAUCAUGUCUAUCAGUUGCACAUUGCAGUGAAAUAUGUUGGAGAACACUAUACAGUGUGCAUCUUAGUAACAAGAAAGAAAUACUCAUUGUAAAAUUGUGUGCAUCACAAAUAACUGUUACAAGUUUGUGAUUUAUGUGGUGUACAUAUAUAGUCUCCACCAAAGAAAGACAUGACUUGUAUAUUUUUAUUUUGUACAGAAAAGAAGAAAUAUCGAUAAAUGUGUCUUCAAAUGUUUCAGCAUACUUUUCUAAUUAACGUGACAUGUUCAAUGUAUUCUCUAGUCUUUAAAGUGUACUUUUUUACUAUUUUAUGGGUAACUAUUAAAGGUGUCCAAAACAUUUUUCCAGUCCUAUAAUCGAAUUCUCCAUCAGUUAUAAUUUGUGUAAGACUAUUAUUUUUUUGUUCACCAUGUAAUACUUACCACCUUGUUAAUAAUGCAAAUGACUUUGAAUGUCACCUUUUCUCAAUAGUUCAAUGUAGGUUGAUCAUAGGGUAAAUUAACCACUUUACAUUCCAUGAGAUUGUUCAUAACUUGAAGGCAUAUGAUCCAGAAGAUUACUUUUCCAUACACUUGUACCUUUUCUGAUGAAUGUUUGCAGAAAGUGCACUGUAAAUUUGGAUCAAAAUGAAUAAUAAAAACUUACCAGUACAUCAUUUUUUAAAAGCACAUGAAGUAUAGACACAUCACAUUGUUGAAUGACAGUUAUAAUGCAAAGCAAACAUUGUUUGUAUGUCUUUGGAACAACUUUUACAUCAAAAUUCACAUGAAAAACAAUCAGUUCUGUGCCACAUUUUUACAAUAAAUUUAUGCCAAUGAAUAUAUAUGGAGCCAUUAAAAUUUUAUUUUAAACGUUUAUAUUAAUCUGUGCUUUUGAUGUUGAACAUAAUGUGUAAAAGCAACAUUGUCUACAAAAAGUAACUGUGGGAAAUAGAUUGUUAUUAAUAACAGUUAUUCAGAAAUAAUUUCCUCCUGUGUGUGUACAUGUGUUUCCGUGUGUGUUUCUGUGUAAACUUGUGAAAUGUUCACAUUCAUUGGAAUGAGAGACUGAAUUGACACAUAUUAUGUGAAUUUCCUGACUAGAAAUGGUCAGUUUGUACAAUGUACUCUGAAAACAAAUUAAAUAAAUUUUCAUGAAUAUUCCUGAA